AUGGUUCUCGGCAUAGUUAUGAUGACGGCGAUGCUGCCGACGAUGUACGGCCUCAACGAAUCCAGCAAAGCCACCCGCGACCAAGAGGACAGUCGCCGAAGCACAUCGCGCAAGCAAAGAUGCCAUCUGGUGGCAAUGUGCGCCAUUACCCAAGGCACUCAGAGUCAACGCGAGCAGGUUCAAAAUGCCCGCGUUUAUGUGGGGCGAGACGGCAAGCUAUACAUCACAAAACACCCUAGUGCGGGAAUGUCUCCUUUCAAUGGUGGCUUCUACACACACCCCGAUUUCCCGCCUGACAAUACCUCCGGCGUGGUCACAAUCACCGGCGAACAGCCCCCCACCUUACGCUGGGUGUUUUUGGAUGCCAAUACACAUGAAAUGCGCUGGGGAGGGCGUCCUGACAGCGAAGGCCACGUGUGUGGGCCUUUUGACUGGACAAAAGAUGAACAAUUUGUGAAGCUUGAGGGAUGGGAGGGGUGGCUGGCAAUCCGGUUACCUGAAGACCAGACCCGGGACCAAGCGGAUACAGAGCUGGGGGUCGGCGAUGGUCGCGACGUCUGGCGCCUGUAUUUUGACCAGCAUGAUAAUGGGGCCGAUCUGCCGCUCGGUACCCAGUGGAUGGAAAUUCGACUAAAGCGAGUGACGGCGGAGUCCUGA